AUGCUGCUUGGUAUGGUCUUUACAAUUGAAGAAAUCCAUGGAAACCUAAGACUGCUACCAAACAUUACGCUUGGAUUUCAUAUUUUUGAUACCUGUACAUCUAUUGCUGGUGCACUUGAGAGCACAAUGAGGUUACUUACAGGACAGAAGACUACAGUGCCAAAUUAUUGCUGCGACCCAUUUUCUUCUGCUGUAACUGUGAUUGGUGAUGCUUACUCUCUAAUGUCAAUACCCAUGGCCAAACUUUUAGGACUCUAUAGACAUCCACAGAUCAGUUACUCUGCAUCUGUCAUGGCACUGAGUGACAAAAGUCAAUUUCCUUCUUUUCUCCGAACAGUUCCAAGUGACCUGUACCAGUCUAUAGCUUUAGCCUACUUGGUGUUACAUUUUGGCUGGACAUGGGUCGGCAUAUUAGUUGAUAGCACUGAUUAUGGUCAACAAGGUGGUCAAACUGUAAAAGAAGAACUUAUCAAAGCCGGUGCUUGCAUUGAAUUCUUUCAGACAAUACCCACGCCUCUGUCUAAAAUGCACAUGCAAUACAUAACUGAAGUAAUUAGGAAGUCUACCACUAAUGUGAUAGUGGUUUAUGCAACAGACUUCAAUAUAUAUCCCAUUAUGUUAGAAUUUGCAAAGCUUAAUGUAAAUGGGAAAGUUUGGAUUGCCACUGAUUCAUGGGCAAAUUCUCCUGUAUUUUCCAAUAAAGACUUUUUUGUUACACUUCAAGGGACUCUUGCUUUUAUGAUACGAAGAGGAGAAAUGUCAGGGUUUAAAGAAUUCAUUUAUGGUCUUAAUCCUUAUAAAAACACUGAAGAUAUGUUUCUGAAAAUCUUCUGGGAAUUGGCAUUUGACUGCAAACUGCAGUUUCUUGAGUUAAAUGGAACCAAAAGUAAUGAAGGACAAGAAGCAAAAGCCUGCACAGGAGAUGAGAAUCUGGAAAACAUUGAAAGAAACUUUUUUGAACUUGAUGAUUUAAGAUUUACUUAUAAUGUAUACAAUGCUAUAUAUGCAGUUGCCCAUGCCUUACAAACCAUGAGUACCUGCAGUCAUGGAGAUGGACCAUUUUAUAAUGGCACAUGUCAUGCAAUCCAAAGUUUUAAGCCAUGGCAGAGUAUAGAUCAACACAUUAACAAAAUUAAACUAACUAAAGUCAAGAAAUUAGAAAGGGAUCGUGCUCAGUACCUAAACAGAACUUCCUAUUCACACCCCCCUACAUCACAAAAAUGGAAUGUCAGAGGAGGAGGUGUCAACUAUGGGCUUAGUGUUAAUCACACUGGUAAUGAAGGGAAUAGAGAACAAACUGUGUCUACACACACAGACUGUGAGCAGGCUUCUAACUAUGACUAUGAAAGCCCAGAACAAAAUAAAACUGUUAGAAGGAGCGAGCAAUUACAAAACCAACAAACACGUUCCAAUUUUAAUGAUAACCAGUACAAUAGCAAUAACCAGCCUCUCAAAACGCCUCUAAUCAGGGUUUUACCAGAGGGAAAUACCAGCACAAAUGGAAACAAUGGAAGAAGCACAACAAAUGGAGAAAUUAAGUACAUGAAUGUCGCUGGUUUUGAAAUUCGGAGACUUUAUCUUAUGAAAUGGUUUAAAAAUCUUUAUGUCUGGGCCAACUUCACCAUAAUGGGUAUCUUCCCUUUGGUCAAAACAAUUGGAGGGCAUGCUAUUGAUGCAAAUCUUCUCCACUACUUAAAGGAUGUCCGCUUUAGGAACAAGAAUGGAGAAGAAGUAUAUUUUGACAUGAAUGGUGACCCACCAGCAUUAUAUAGUAUUCUAAACUGGCAACCAGCAUCAGAUGACUCUUUUCAGUACUCAGAGGUCGGACAUUUCAAACUGAGUGCUGACAAUGGCAAAGAACUAGUAAUAGAUGUAAAUUCUAUUCUGUGGAGCAAUGGAUAUAAACAGAUUCCACAAUCACGGUGCAGCCAGAGUUGUCUUGCAGGAUACAGGAAGGCACCUCAGUCAGGUCAGCCAAUCUGCUGCUUCAGUUGUGUCAUGUGCUCCCAAGGGGAAAUUUCCAACCAAAGUGAUUCUAUUACCUGCCUGAAGUGCCCCAGUGAUCAGUGGCCUAAUGUGAAGCAGGACAUAUGCAUUCAGAAACUGACUGAAUACCUUUCUUAUGAAGAGCCACUUGGGAAAAUUUUAACUGCAGUUCCGACAUUCAUGGCUGUGAUUACUGGAACCAUUUUAUCUGUCUUUGUGAAGUCUCAUAACACUCCUGUUGUCAAAGCAAACAAUCGAGAACUCAGUUACGUCCUCCUGCUAAGCCUUGUGCUCUGCUUCCUCUCAUCACUGAUUUUUAUUGGACGACCCACCCACCUGACCUGCAUGUUCCGCCAAGUUUCUUUUGGCAUUAUUUUCACCCUUUCUGUUUCCUGUGUUUUAGCUAAAACUGUUGUGGUUGUUAUUGCCUUCAAUGCAAGCAAGCCAAACAGCAACCUAAGAAAAUAUGUUGGACCUGGACUGCCAAAAUCUUUAGCUGCACUCUGUACACUUGUUCAAGUAAUAAUAUGUGUCAGCUGGGUAAUUAUUUGCCCUCCAUUCCAGGAUGAAAACAGAACUUCUGUAACAGGGAAGAUUAUUAUAGAAUGUAACGAAGGUUCACCCACAGCAUUUUGGUGCAUGUUGUCUUAUAUGGGCCUGUUAGCCUCUGUAAGCCUUGUCAUAGCAUUUCUGUCCAGGAACCUCCCAGAUAGCUUUAAUGAGGCUAAAUAUAUAACAUUCAGUAUGCUGAUUUUUGUCACUGUAUGGAUGUCUUUCAUCCCAGCUUACUUUAGCACACAAGGGAAGUAUAUGGUAGCUGUGGAAGUGUUUGCCAUUGUGUCAUCUGGUACUGGUCUGCUGGUUUGUAUAUUUACUCCUAAAUGCUACAUUAUUCUGCUCAGGCCUGAUAUGAAUACUAGAAAUUACUUAAUGGGAAAAGGUACACAUAAAAAAUGA